CACCCAUUAAGCAUCUGUGGGGUGCGCGCAUCAGGGUAGAGCCCAGUGCGGAGAAACAGCAGCAGAGUGCGCGUCGCUGUGACCAACCGGCUCCGGUAACAGUUACCGGACCGCAGACUCAGAAAGUUGACUUUAAUAUUGUUUCAUCCAGCAGAAUCUGUCACAGUUUCAGACUCGAGCCUCGGCGGGAACAUGCCGGAACCCGAGGGAACUCGUCGGUCACCGCAAGGUGUCCCCUACACCGACCUGCCGCACAUCGUCAAUGCCGACAGACUGCACUUGUUCUGCCGUUACUGGGAGCCCGACAGUCAGCCGAAGGCUCUGGUGUUUGUUGCUCAUGGAGUAGGAGAACAUUGUGGGAGAUAUGCCGACAUUGCUCACAGUCUCACCCAACAUGGCAUACUGGUGUUCUCCCACGACCAUGUUGGUCAUGGUCAGAGUGAAGGUGAAAGAAUGAAUAUUAAUAACUUCCAGACUUACAUCAGAGAUUCCCUUCAGCACAUCGACAUUAUGAAGGGGCGGUACCCCAACCUGCCAGUCUUCAUCAUUGGCCACUCAAUGGGAGGAGCCAUUUCUAUUCUGACUGUCUGUGAGAGACCACAGGACUUUGCAGGUGUGGUUCUUAUAGCCCCCAUGGUUCAAAUGAACGCAGAGUCUGCUACACCCUUCAAGGUUUUUAUGGCUAAAGUUUUAAACCGAUUAGCUCCCAAGCUUUCUCUCGGCACUAUUGACGCAAGAUUGAUUUCACGGGAUCCCAAACAGGUGGAGGCAUAUGACACAGAUGAACUAAAUCAUCACGGAGGGCUGUGUGUCUCACUUGGAAUGCAGUUGAUGAAUGCGGCCGCUCGCAUUGAGAAAGAACUGUCCAACAUCACAUGGCCCUUCUUUAUUAUGCAUGGCGAUGCUGACAAGCUUUGUGACAUCAGAGGUUCUCAUCUAAUGUAUAAUGAGGCCAAGAGCACAGAUAAAAAAAUGAAGGUAUAUGAAGGAGCUUACCAUGCCCUACAUCAUGACUUACCCGACACAGCUGAAUCUGUCUUAAAGGAGGUGAGCACAUGGAUUCUGGAGAGAGUCCCUACCCCUAAUGGGUUUUAGCUGUCAAUCCCAAAAUGCACAAUUGCCCAUAUCUAAUUCGUACUGACAAAGGAUGUCUGACUGCACUACAUGCCAACAAAACUACACUCAUUAUGAUUAAUCUAAGAGAAGAGGUCAAUGUGAACUUUGACCCUAAAGUUCUUUAAUAUGGCACUGUAAAUGUUUUGUAAAAAAUGUUUUAAGACUGUAACCCAUACUUCAAAGGUAUUAGCAUGGUAGGGCAUGAUUCAUAUGUUACCGUAGCAAUUAUAAUGAGGGAUAUAAUGAACCCUGUUGCCACGGUAAUAGAACACAGCUGCAAUUUGCUCUGUUAUGUCCAGUCCCUGCUUAUUAGAGAUGCAGUGCUGCCCCUGCUGGACAACAGCGACAUUGCGCUUUGCUUUGAGCUCAGUUACCAAGCAACUCCAACUCGAAUAUAUAUUGCCUUGCAUUGGCAGAAAAACAAAUUGAACCUAAAGAGAUGGUAAUCUGUGGAAAGAUUCAAAAUGUCUGCCAAGCAACUUUGACACUGCAUAGAGAUUAAACAGACUAUCUAUAGAAGCAUAUAGAAACACAGGAGAGAAUGAAAAGUUUGUUUUACAAAUUCCUUAAGGUUUGACUGUUUUAAAGAGACUGUUCCAUUUCUUUGGGUAAACAAAUAUAAAUAUAAAAGCUGUUUAUAGCUGAUUCUUUCUUGGGCUGUAAUAUCCCAUUCCUUUAUUUUUACCAGUGUUGGUUUUGUUGACUAUGUUACUUAGUAAAAAUAUGGUUACUGUUAAAAUGACGGUAUGUUCACAAUUGCUUUUGUGACCUCAGGGUUAUAGAGAGAUCAGCUAGGGUGCUCGUGGGGUUUGUAGCUCUAAAUAAAUAUUCAGUUGUUAAAGUCAGUUUUCCACAUCAUCUAAACAUUUAAUGCGCCUCACUCAAAAGAACUGUUCUGAUUCAGACAAGGGGGUGGGGGGGUUUGUUACAGAGAUUUGCUUCUAAGCUGUAGAGGCAUUUUUAUCAAUGAAUGUGAAUCAAUAAAGGUUUUUUUAUUCCUGA